GAAAGUGUAGGCUACCACUCUCUGGUCUAUAUCGCUAGCCUACAACAAAACUGAUGUUGCUGUUGAUAUUUGAACAUGGCGGGGGGUUCAGUAUCGGUAUGCACCGAGUGUUUGAUUAAAGUUUUGGUGAUUGGAGAGAGGGGUGUUGGAAAAACGAGCUUUAUAACGCGGUACUUUAACAUGCGGUUCAAGGAGGAGUACAAGGCAUCGAUUGGAGUUGAUGCGUUGAAAACGAUCGAAUGGGACAAUAAAACAGUGGUGAGACUUCAGCUUUGGGACAUUGCAGGUCAGGAGAGGAUUAGGAACAUGUCCAGAGUAUACUACAAGGAGGCCAUGGGGGCGUUUGUGGUCUUUGACACGACCAAGAUGGAGACAUUAGAGGCUGCCUCACAGUGGAAGCAUGAACUAGAUAGCAAAGUGAGACUGGUCAGUGGAAGCCCUGUCCCUGCUGUCCUGUUAGCCAACAAGUGUGACCAGACAGAGGGAAACAAGUAGCUGUCUGCCCUCAUGGACAACUACUGUAAAGAGAAAGGCUUCCUGGGUUGGUUUGAGACGUCAGCAAAGGACAAUCUCAAUGUUGACGAGGCAGGAGCCUUCCUAAUGGAGAACAUGCUGCGGAUUGACAGAUGGCUGUCCAGCAAAGACAACGAAAAUGACAGGAUCAACAUGAGCCAGUCCAAGGCAACAUUUAAAUGCUGCUAG